AUGUCUUCAAAACCCCAACAAACUACGUAUAACACCCGCUUGCACACUCGCGCUAGAGCCAGCUCAGUUUCUAUCCCUGCCCAUGAGAAAAAUGUAAAGAUCCGGGCAAAGAGACCUGAUGAGCUAACAAAAGAGCAAAAGAAAGUAGUUAGCGAAGCUGAACAACAGCUAACAGAAGAUGAAUGCACUAGAGUGAACCAACGCGAGUAUAGCGUCAGGCAUAACCGUGGAAACGACAUGGAGUCCCCUGGGGAAGGACCAUCUAAGGGAAAAGGUCCAGACACUCAGAACUGGGGGGCUAUGAACCUAGAAGAUGAAGAAUUGGAUAUGGAGGCCCAGUACGCGGCUCUAGAAUCCUACAAACUGGCCAAGCAGAUGGCCAGUGAAUCAGAAUCAGAGGACCCAAGUGGGGACGAACCUGGCAAUCCAUGA